AUGGAGCCAGAAAUAUCACCAGCGGAAGAUGACGCGCCCAUGUCGACCUCGGAGGCCUUGUCCGUGGACCCGAACGAGACGCGGCAGCCUCUCAUUAUUGGCGUGACGCUGACGGCGCUGCUUCUGUCGACCAUCGCGACAUUGCUGAGAGUCUAUGUCCGCGCCUUGCGGUUGAGGAGCUGGGGCUGGGAUGAUUCGGCGUUGUUGGCAUCAUAUACCCUUGUCCUUACAGUGGGCAUACUGAUGCUCGUCAAUACCGAAUUCGGUGACGGGCUGCACCAAGCAACGCUCCCGCGAGAAAAGUUCUUCAGGUCUCAAGAGAUCUCCAUCGCAGCUGUCGCGGUUUACCAGGCCACAACGGGCGCUGACAUCCCCAAAAAGGCUUUCCCUUUGAUCAAGGCCGCGUUCCUGCUACAGUACCGACGAGUGUUCCCGUUACCUGCCUUCCAGAAACUUUGCGACGUCUUCCUUCUCUUCAUCAUCGCCUUCGGGAUCUCGCAGGUGGUGUCGAUAUGUCUCGCCUGUAUACCCCUGCGGAGCCUCUGGGACCUCACCGUUCCCGGACGAUGCAUCACCCUCCUGGACUGGUGGCUCAUCGGGUCCUCUAUCAGCCUGGUGACCGAUGUGGCCAUCUUCGUGAUGCCCAUACCGUUGUUACGGACCGUGCCGCUGCCGUUGAAACAGAAGAUCGUGUUGAUGGCCACGUUUGGCCUCGGGUUCUUCACCUGCGCAAUAUCCGUUGUGCGCAUCACGACGCUCAAGCAGGCGUCGACAUCGGACGACAGAACGUACGACAGUGUUAUCGCCGGAAUAUGGUCAAUAACUGAGCUGAGCUGUGCAAUCAUCUGUGUGUGUGUUCCAACACUGCGUCCUCUGAUCGGCGGACAGAAGACGAGGGUUAGGCCACCGACAUGGCUUCGACCGAACAUCGACCAGAGCUCCGACACGGAGCUCCAUACCCAGUCAGGCGGGAGCAUCUCAAGUCAAAAGAGACAGCCGCGAGUCAUUUCGAUACCACAGAAGAGAGAGGAACAGGAUGGCCCGGAGACGGUGGGAAGCUUUAGCCCUAGACCUCGGCCCCGACCUCGGAUAGACCUGAGCGACGUCCCGGGUCUGCUACCUCCCCCCGCGGUGAGCGUGGCGCACUACGACGGCUCUCCGUUUGAUGACUCGCCGGGGAAGGACACGAUGGUGCCCUUGGCAAGGAUCGAUACGGAGGAGGGCGUCGAGUUCUUGAAUAUCGACGGGCCGGAGGCGGAGCUGCCGACGCCGCUCAAGCCUCCACCUAGGCGGCACACCGACAGGACACCCACCCCGGACGACGACGGAUACUUCAGUGCGGUCGUUUGGGAUGCGUCGGGUCACCCAAGACUGGCGGGCUGA